AUGUAAAUUUAUCAUUUUUUCUAAUUUUAUAUGCUUAAAUAAAAGUUAUUUAGAUUAAGAAUUAGCAUUGUAAUGAUGACAUUAUUACUUUUUCACUACUAAUAAUCUUUAAAAAAUUAUAAAUAUAAUAAUAAUAAUUGUUUUUGUUCAAUUACUCAUUAAUUCAUUAAAUUCUUCUUUAAAUUUGCUGCAAGAAUAAGUAUAAUAUUUUAUUAUUUAUGUUCUAAAGUUUUUGAUAUAAUAAAAAUGAUCUAAACUGGCAUUUUUAUGUGUAUAUAAUCGAACUUUUUUUGCUUUCAAGUAACAUAUAAUUUGUCAAUUAAAAUUUACAUAAUCAAUAAUUAAUAUAAAUAAUCUUAAAAAUAUACUUAAAACUAUUCACUUAAAGUUAAUCUAGAAAAUUAAUUAAUUUGA